CUCACUUCUUCACAACUCAAAAUCUCCCAUUACACCAUCUUCCUUUUCAUCAAUUUUUUUUUCUCACUUUCCAAACACUUCGCAAAAUCAUGGGUGUUUUCACGUACGAAUUCGAGUUCACUUCCGUCAUCCCCCCUGCUAGGUUGUACAAUGCCUUUGUUCUUGAUGCUGACAACCUCAUCCCUAAAAUUGCACCACAGGCAGUGAAGAGCACUGAGAUCCUUGAAGGAGAUGGCGGAGUUGGAACAAUUAAGAAGAUCAACUUCGGUGAAGGUAGCACAUAUAGCUAUGUGAAGCACAGAAUCGAUGGGGUUGACAAAGACAACUUUGUGUACCAGUACAGUGUCAUUGAGGGAGAUGCAAUCUCUGAGACAAUUGAAAAAAUCUCUUAUGAGACUAAGUUGGUGGCUUCCGGCAGCGGUUCCGUUAUCAAGAGCACCAGCCACUACCAUACCAAGGGUGAUGUUGAGAUUAAGGAAGAGCAUGUCAAGGCUGGCAAAGAGAAGGCCUCACACCUCUUCAAGUUGAUUGAGAACUACCUCUUGGAGCACCAGGAUGCCUAUAACUAAAUUCGUCUGCCCCUACAAUGAUUUUCUAAGUAUUGAUAAAAAAAACUUUGUGUCCUCUUUGGUAUCAAUUAAUGAAUUGUCCGUGUGGUCUUCAUUUUCUUUCUUUUCUUUUUUUUUUACUUCUAAAACACUAUUCUGGCUUGUAAUUGGAGCUUUUAUUGAAGACUGAAUAUUGUAUUUCCUUACAUUUAUCAAUGAAUAAAAGGAAAAUCAUGGAUUUGAUAAUA